AUGACUAUUGCUGCAUAUGCGUAUGAAACAAAUGAAGCAAGAAGAGCACAUGAACUAGUAAACGAAAACUCAACUUUAACAAUUGAAGGUAAUGAUUUAGUCAUUGACGAUGGAAAAACUAAAAAAGUCAUUGACUUCGAUACUUUUAACACUUAUGACCCAUUCAUUACAACAAGUAAAGUUCCUAUCAUAAAUGAUGGAAUGGUGCAAUAUAUAAAUUCUACAGUAGAUGCCUCAUUAGUGAAAGUACUGAAUGUUCUCAUUGAAUUACUAAAGAGCUUUCGAUUUGACGACAACAUUAAAUGCUUAAAGAAUUUAGUCAUGAAUGAAAAACAAAUUCUCGGCGUUGCUGGUAGCAGUAAUGAUGUACACCUUAUGACAUUAGAAUAUUAUAACGAACAUAAAGAUGAACUGAAAGGAGAGAAGGGUGACACUGGACCUCAAGGACCUCAAGGCGAAAACAGUUUGGACGGUGAAGAUGGAAAGGAUGGAAAAACUGCUAAAUCAUGGAUAUGGGACCUUAUAAAUACUGGUUUAACAGCUGGUUCAUAUGGAGUUCUUCAAUAUCAAAUCGGAAAGAUAUGGGCAGUACUUGGUGAAGAAGCUUUAGAUGACAUGAAUUUAGCUAUUCAGAACUCUUGA